ACAGACAGGUCGACUGUGCGUCAUAUCAAAUUAUCGUAACGGGAACACUAAACGCAUAAACUCGGGCGGGACUCGGUAAGGGUGACUAUAAAGCGACCACAUACGGACUAGCUAUGGAAAUGCGACAGAUGAAAGAUGCUGGUGGGGCGACCCUUUACUUAAAAUAUUACGAUGGUAUUUACUUCCCCCAAAAUGUCAUAGGUGACGUGAAGGGUCAUUUGGAAGCUAUAAAAAGCUUAAAAUACAAAGAUGGCGAUGUGCUGCUUGAUACCUUUCCAAAAACAGGCACACACUGGACUUUUGAAAUUAUGCACAUGCUAGUGACUGGGAAGGCAGAACACUACCCUAACAAGACUCUGGCACUGGAGUUUGAGCCCGUGGAAACCCACGACAACUUGGAGUCGCCUAGGGUGCAUACUACACACAUGUUUCCUCAGCAUGUUCCCCAGACUUUGAUAGACCAUCAAUCUAAAAUGGUUUAUGUCUACCGGAAUCCCAAAGAUACAGCCGUGUCUAUGUAUUACUUUAUGAAAAACCUGAAUGCAGUUGUGUUAAACGGAUACGAAACGUCCUGGGAGCAUUUCAUAGAAUCAUACAUGAAAGAAAAAAUGCCAUAUAAUUCCUGGUAUGAACACGUAAAAGCAUGGUUGGACUUCAAGAAGACACAUCCAGAAAUACCCAUACUUUUCAUUGCAUUCGAGGAUAUGAAAAAGGAUUUACGAGGCUGUGUCCAGAAAAUCGCUGAACAUCUUGGAUCAAAACAGGAUCCGGAAUUCCUUGACGAAGUGACGGAUAAAUGCCAAUUCAGUUCCAUGUCUAGAGCGAAGAAAAGCAAGGAGGAGCUAAAAAUGGGAAUCGGUGGAAAUAAUCCAUUUUAUAGGAAAGGUGACGUGGGUGAUUGGAAGAAUGUUUUCACUGUCGCGCAAAACGAGAUGUUUGAUGCCAUCGCAAAAGAAAGUAUGGCCGACAUCGACCUGGAUAUAAAGUAUACAUUGUGAAUAUGAAUUAAGAUGAAUUGAAAAUGAGGAGUUUGACAAUACGUACUUAUUGACAUGGAUUAAUAAUUUCAUCUACCUUAAGCAUAAUGAAAAGAACAGGUUAUUUCAACGUAGUAUUACAAAUAGGAAUGUUGUCUACUCGAUAUUAACUAUUGAUCACAAUGCAUAUCGCGAUUUGUGUGUUGUGGUUAAGUUGUUCCUUGGUACAUAGCAAUAUGAUAUGAGCAUGUCGACGUGGCGAUGAUACACGAAUCAAAGCGAUAGGCUAUCACAUAUAUUGUUAUAUUUCUAAAACGUCUGAUUCAUUGAUAAAUAACGUUCACACUAUCCGAACUACCAUUGAGUAUAUCGAUAUAGCUGUGUCACUGUAUCUGGUGUAGCUUUAGUAUCUCUGCUCCGAGACACUCCAAGUCUAGCUGGGUGAUUUAUAACACGAUGUUGAUAGUUUACAGAAGUUUACACGGGGAUCUGCUUUAUAUAACAUUCGUAACGACAACCAUAAUUGCAUUGUGGAAUCCAGAGUCUGUAUGACGGAGAUGAAGGCUGCAAAGAUAAUGAAUUAUGUGUCCUAUAUAUACAUACACGUCUUGAUAGCUUAUGCCAGUGAGCUUAUACAAGUUUUAUCAUGGGAAUAGCUGAUAGUAGAUUAUAUGUCACUGAUAAUAACUAUUAAAGAAUGAGAACCAAAUGGAUCAAA